CACCCCGCCCCAUUCUCCCUCUUUCCAUCACCCCGCCCCAUUCUCCCGCUUUCCAUCACCCCGCCCCAUUCUCCCGCUUCCACAUCACUCCGCCCAUUCUCCCGCUUUCCAUCACCCCGCCCCAUUCUCCCGCUUUCCAUCACCCCGCCCCAUUCUCCCGCUUUCCAUCACCCCGCCCCAUUCUCCCGCUUUCCAUCACCCCGGCCCAUUCUCCCGCUUUCCAUCACCCCGCCCCAUUCUCCCGCUUUCCAUCACCCCGCCCCAUUCUCCCGCGUUCCAUCACUCCGCCCCAUUCUCCCGCUUCCCAUCACUCCGCCCCAUUCUCCCUCUUUCCAUCACCCGCCCCAUCCUCCCGCUUUCCAUCACCCCGCCCCAUUCUCCCGCUUUCCAUCACCCCGCCCCAUUCUCCCGCUUUCCAUCACCCCGCCCCAUCCUCCCUCCUUCCAUCACCCCGCCCCAUUCUCCCGCUUUCCAUCACCCCGCCCCAUCUCCCUCCUUCCAUCACCCCGCCCAUUCUCCGCUUUCCAUCACCCCGCCCCAUUCUCCCGCUUUCCAUCACCCCGCCCCAUUCUCCCCCCUUCCAUCACCCGCCCCAUUCUCCCGCUUUCCAGCACCCCGCCCCAUUCUCCCUCUUUCCAUCACCCCGCCCCAUCUCCCUCUUUCAUCACCCCGCCCCAUUCUCCCGUUUUCCAUCACCCCGCCCCAUUCUCCCGCUUUCCAUCACCCCGCCCCAUUCUCCCGCUUUCCAUCACCCCGCCCCAUUCUCCCGCUUUCCAUCACCCCGCCCCAUUCUCCCGCUUUCCAUCACCCCGCCCCAUUCUCCCUCUUCCCAUCACCCCGCCCCAUUCUCCCGCUUUCCAUCACCCCGCCCCAUUCUCCCGCUUUCCAUCACCCCGCCCCAUUCUCCCGAUUUCCAUCACCCCGCCCCAUUCUCCCCGCUUUCCAUCACCACGCCCCAUUCUCCCGCUUUUCCAUCACCCCGCCCCAUUCUCCCGCUUUCCAUCACCCCGCCCCAUCCUCCGCCUUUCCAUCACCCCGCCCCAUUCCUUCCUCCUUUUCCAUCACCCGCCCCAUUCUCCCGCUUUUCCAUCACCCCGCCCCAUUCUCCCUCUUUCCAUCACCCUGCCCCAUUCUCCCGCUUUUCCAUCACCCUGCCCCCAUUCUCCCGCUUUCCAUCACCCCGCCCCAUUCUCCCGCUUUCCAUCACCCCGCCCCCAUUCUCCCGCUUUCCAUCACCCCGCCCCAUUCCCGCUUUCCUCACCCCGCCCCAUCUCCCGCUUUCCAUCACCGCCCCCCAUUCUCCCGCUUUCCUAUCACCCCGCCCCAUUUCCUCCCGCUUUCCAUCACCCCGCCCCAUUCUCCUGCGUUCCAUCACCCCGCCCCAUUCUCCCGCUUUCCAUCACCCGCCCCAUUCUCCCUCUUUCCAUCACCCCGCCCCAUUCUCCCGCUUUCCAUCACCCGCCCCAUUCUCCCGCUCUCCAUCACCCUGCCCCAUUCUCCGGCUUUCAUCACCUCGCCCCAUUCUCCCGCUUUCCAUCACCCCGCCCCAUUCUCCCGCUUUCCAGCACCCCGCCCCAUCCUCCCGCUUUCCAUCACCCCGCCCCCAUUCUCCCACUUUCCAUUACCCCGCCCAUUCUCCCGCUUUCCAUCACCCUGCCCCAUCCUCCCUCCUUCCAUCACCCCGCCCCAUUCUCCCGCUUUCCAGCACUCCGCCCCAUUCUCCGUCUUUCCAUCACCCCGCCCCAUUUUCCCGCUUUCCAUCACCCCGCCUCAUUCUCCCGCUUCCCAUCACCCCGCCCGAUUCUCCCGCUUUCCAGCACCCCCGCCCCAAUCUCCCUCUUUCAUCACCCCACCCAAUCCUCCCUCCUUCCAUCACCCUGCCCCAUUCUCCCGCUUUCCAGCACCCCGCCGCAUUCUCCCGCUUUCCAUCCACCCCGGCCCCAUUCUCCCACUUUUCCAUCACCCCGCCCCAUUCUCCCGCUUUCCAGCACCCCGCCGCAUUCUCCCGCUUUCCAUCACCCGCCCCAUUCUCCGCUUUUCCAUCACCCCCGCCCCAUCCUCCCGCUUUCCAUCACCCGCCCCAUGCUCCCGCUUUCCAUCACCCCGCCCCAUUCUCCCGCUUUCCAUCACCCCGCCCCAUUCCUCCCGUUUUCCAUCACCCCGCCCAUUCUCCCGCUUUCCAUCACCCCGCCCCAUCCUCCCCUCCUUCCAUCACCCCGCCCCAUUCUCCCGCUUUCCAUCACCCCGCCCCAUUCUCCCGCUUUCCAUCACCUCGCCCCCAUCCUCCCCGGCUUUCAUCACCCGCCCCAUGCUCCCGCUUUCAUCACCCCCGCCCCAUUCUCCCGCUUUCCAUCACCCCGCCCCAUUCUCCCGCUUUCCAUCACCCCGCCCCAUUCUCCCGCUUUCCAUCACCCCACCCCAUUCUCCCGCUUUCCAUCAUCCCGCCCCAUUCUCCCGCUUUCAUCACCCCGCCCCAUUCUCCCGCUUUCCAUCACCCCGCCCAUUCUCCCGCGUUCCAUCACCCCGCCCCAUUCUCCCGCUUCCCAUCACCCCGCCCCAUUCUCCCUUUCCAUCACCCCGCCCCAUCCUCCCGCUUUCCAUCACCCCCCCAUUCUCCCGCUUUCCAUCACCCCGCCCCAUUCUCCGCUUUCCAUCACCCCGCCCCAUCCUCGCCUCCUUCCAUCACCCCGCCCCAUUCUCCCGCUUUCCAUCACCCGCCCCAUUCUCCCGCUUUCCAUCACCCCGCCCCAUUCUCCCGCUUUCCCAUCACCCGCCCCAUUCUCCACUUUCCAUCACCCCGCCCCAUUCUCCCGCUUCCCAUCACCCCGCCCCAUUCUCCCGCUUUCCAUCACCCCGCCCCAUUCUCCCUCUUCCAUCACCCCGCCCCAUUCUCCCGCUUUCCAUCACCCCGCCCCAUUCUCCCGCUUUCCAUCACCCGCCCCAUUCUCCCGCUUUCGAUCACCCCGCCCCAUUCUCCCGCUUCCCAUCACCCCGCCCCAUUCUCCCGCUUCCCAUCACCCCGCCCCAUUCUCCCGCUUUCCAUCACCCCGCCCCAUUCUCCCGCUUUCCAGCACCCCGCCCCAUCCUCCCUCCUUCCAUCACCCCGCCCCAUUCUCCCUCUUUCCAUCACCCCGCCCCAUUCUCCCUCUUUCCAUCACCCCGCCCCAUUCUCCCACUUUCCACCACCCCGCCCCAUUUCUCCCGCUUUCCAUCACCCCGCCCCAUUCUCCCGCUUUCCAUCACCCCGCCCCAUUCUCCCGCUUUCCAUCACCCCGCCCCAUUCUCCCGCUUUCCAUCCCCCCGCCCCAUUCUCCCUCUUCCCAUCACUCCGCCCCAUUCUCCCACUUUCCAGCACCCGCCCCAUUCUCCCGCUUUCCAGCACCCCGCCCCAUUCUUCCGCUUUCCAUCACCCCACCCCAUUCUCCCGCUUUCCAUCACCCCGCCCCAUUCUCCCGCUUUCCAUCACCCCGCCCCAUUCUCUCGCUUUCCAUCACCCCGCCCCAUUCUCCCGCUUUCCAUCACCCCGCCCCAUCCUUCCUCCUUCCAUCACCCGCCCCAUUCUCCCGCUUUCCAUCACCCCGCCCCAUUCUCCCUCUUUCCAUCACCCCGCCCCAUUCUCCCUCUUUCCAUCACCCGCCCCAUUCUCCCGCUUUCCAUCACCCGCCCCAUUCUCCCGCUUUCAUCACCCUGCCCCAUUCUCCCGCUUUCCAUCACCUUGCCCCAUUCUCCCGCUUUCCAUCACCCCGCCCCAUUCUCCCGCUUUCCAUCACCCCGCCCCAUUCUCCCGCUUUCCAUCCCCCCGCCCCAUUCUCCCCUCUUCCCAUCACUCCGCCCCAUUCUCCCACUUUCCAGCACCCCGCCCCAUUCUCCCGCUUUCCAGCACCCCGCCCCAUUCUUCCGCUUUCCAUCACCCCACCCAUUCUCCCGCUUUCCAUCACCCGCCCCAUUCUCCCGCUUUCCAUCACCCCGCCCCAUUCUCCCGCUUUCCAUCACCCCGCCCCAUUCUCCCGCUUUCCAUCACCCCGCCCCAUCCUUCCUCCUUCCAUCACCCGCCCCAUUCUCCCGCUUUCCAUCACCCCGCCCCAUUCUCCCUCUUUCCAUCACCCCGCCCCAUUCUCCCGCUUUCCAUCACCCGCCCCAUUCUCCCGCUUUUCAUCACCCCGCCCCAUUCUCCCGCUUUCCAUCACCCCGCCCCAUUCUCCCGCUUUCCAUCACCCCGCCCCAUUCUCCCGCUUUCCAUCACCCCGCCCCAUUCUCUCGCGUUCCAUCACUCCGCCCCAUUCUCCCGCUUCCCAUCACUCCGCCCCAUUCUCCCUCUUUCCAUCACCCCGCCCCAUCCUCCCGCUUUCCAUCACCCCGCCCCAUUCUCCCGCUUUCCAUCACCCCGCCCCAUUCUCCCGCUUUCCAUCACCCCGCCCCUUCCUCCCUCCUUCCAUCACCCGCCCCAUUCUCCCGCUUUCCAUCACCCCGCCGCAUUCUCCCUCUUUCCAUCACCCCGCCCCAUUCUCCCGCUUCCCAUCACCCCGCCCCAUUCUCCCGCUUCCCAUCACUCCGCCCCAUUCUCCCACUUUCCAUCACCCAGCCCCAUUCUCCCGCUUUCCAUCACCCCGCCCCAUUCUCCCGCUUUCCAUCACCCCGCCCCAUUCUCCCGCUUUCCAUCACCCCGCCCCAUUCUCCCGCUUUCCAUCACCCCGCCCCAUUCUCCCGCUUUCCAUCAACCCGCCCCAUUCUCCCGCUUUCCAUCACCCCGCCCCAUUCUCUCGCGUUCCAUCACUCCGCCCCAUUCUCCCGCUUCCCAUCACUCCGCCCCAUUCUCCCUCUUUCCAUCACCCCGCCCCAUCCUCCCGCUUUCCAUCACCCCGCCCUAUUCUCCCGCUUUCCAUCACCCCGCCCCAUUCUCCCGCUUUCCAUCACCCCGCCCCAUCCUCCCUCCUUCCAUCACCCCGCCCCAUUCUCCCGCUUUCCAUCACUACGCCCCAUUCUCCCGCUUCCCCAUCACCCCGCCCCAUUCUCCCACUUUCCAUCACCCCGCCCCAUUCUCCCGCUUUCCAGCACCCCGCCCCAUCCUCCCUCCUUCCAUCACCCCGCCCCAUUCUCCCGCUUUCCAUCACCCCGCCCCAUCCUCCCUCCUUCCAUCACCCGCCCCAUUCUCCCGCUUUCCAUCACCCCGCCCCAUUCUCCCGCUUUCCAUCACCCCGCCCCAUUCUCCCGCGUUCCAUCACUCCGCCCCAUUCUCCCGCUUCCCAUCACUCCGCCCCAUUCUCCCUCUUUCCAUCACCCCGCCCCAUCCUCCCGCUUUCCAUCACCCCGCCCCAUUCUCCCGCUUUCCAUCACCCCGCCCCAUUCUCCCGCUUUCCAUCACCCCGCCCCAUUCUCCCGCUUUCCAUCACCCCGCCCCAUUCUCCCGCUUUCCCUCACCCCGCCCCAUUCUCCCGCUUUCCAUCACCCCGCCCCAUUCUCCCGCUUUCCAUCACCCCGCCCCAUUCUCCUGCGUUCCAUCACCCCGCCCCAUUCUCCCGCUUUCCAUCACCCCGCCCCAUUCUCCCUCUUUCCAUCACCCCGCCCCAUUCUCCCGCUUUCCAUCACCCCGCCCCAUUCUCCCGCUUCCCAUCACUCCGCCCCAUUCUCCCGCUUUCCAUCACCCCGCCCCAUUCUCCCGCUUUCCAUCACCCCGCCCCAUUCUCCCGCUUUCCAUCACCCCGCCCCAUUCUCCCGCUUUCCAUCACCCCGCCCCAUUCUCCCGCUUUCCAUCACCCCGCCCCAUUCUCCCGCUUUCCAUCACCCCGCCCCAUUCUCUCGCGUUCCAUCACUCCGCCCCAUUCUCCCGCUUCCCAUCACUCCGCCCCAUUCUCCCUCUUUCCAUCACCCCGCCCCAUCCUCCCGCUUUCCAUCACCCCGCCCCAUUCUCCCGCUUUCCAUCACACCGCCCCAUUCUCCCGCUUUCCAUCACCCCGCCCCAUCCUCCCUCCUUCCAUCACCCCGCCCCAUUCUCCCGCUUUCCAUCACCCCGCCCCAUCCUCCCUCCUUCCAUCACCCCGCCCCAUUCUCCCGCUUUCCAGCACCCCGCCGCAUUCUCCCGCUUUCCAUCACCCCGCCCCAUUCUCCCGCUUUCCAUCACCCCGCCCCAUUCUCCCGCUUUCCAUCAUCCCGCCCCAUUCUCCCGCUUUUCAUCCCCCCGCCCCAUUCUCCCUCUUCCCAUCACUCCGCCCCAUUCUCCCACUUUCCAGCACCCCGCCCCAUUCUCCCGCUUUCCAGCACCCCGCCCCAUUCUCCCGCUUUCCAGCACCCCGCCCCAUUCUUCCGCUUUCCGUCACCCCGCCCCAUUCUCCCGCUUUCCAUCACCCCGCCCCAUUCUCCCGCUUUCCAUCACCCCGCCCCAUUCUCCCACUUUCCAUCACCCCGCCCCAUACUCCCGCUUUCCAUCACCCCGCCCCAUUCUCCCGCUUUCCAUCACCCCGCCCCAUUCUCCCUCUUUCCAUCUCCCCGCCCCAUUCUCCCGCUUUCCAUCACCCCGCCCCAUUCUCCCGCUUUCUAUCACUCUGGCCCAUUCUCCCGCUUUCCAUCACCCCGCCCCAUUCUCCCGCUUUCCAUCACCCCGCCCCAUUCUCCCGCUUUCCAUCACCACGCCCCAUUCUCCCGCUUCCCAUCACCCCGCCCCAUUCUUCCGCUUUCCAUCACUCCGCCCCAUCCUCCCGCUUUCCAGCACCCCGCCCCAUUCUCCCUCUUUCCAUCACUCCGCCCCAUUCUUCUGCUUUCCAUCACCCCGCCCCAUUCUCCCGCUUUCCAUCACCCCGCCCCAUUCUCCCGCUUUCCAUCACCCCGCCCCAUUCUUCCGCUUUCCAUCACCCCGCCCCAUUCUCCCGCUUUCCAUCACCCCGCCCCAUCCUCCCUCCUUCCAUCACCCCGCCCCAUUCUCCCGCUUUCCAUCACCCCGCCCCAUUCUCCCUCUUUCCAUCACCCCGCCCCAUUCUCCCGCUUUCCAUCACCCCGCCCCAUUCUCCCGCUUUUCAUCACCCCGCCCCAUUCUCCCGCUUUCCAUCACCCCGCCCCAUUCUCCCGCUUUCCAUCACCCCGCCCCAUUCUCCCGCUUUCCAUCACCCCGCCCCAUUCUCCCGCUUUCCAUCACCCCGCCCCAUUCUCCCGCUUUCCAUCACCCCGCCCCAUUCUCCCGCUUUCCAUCACCCCGCCCCAUUCUCCCGCUUUCCAUCACCCCGCCCCAUUCUCCCGCUUUCCAUCACCCCGCCCCAUUCUCCCGCUUUCCAUCACCCCGCCCCAUUCUCCCUCUUUCCAUCACCCCGCCCCAUUCUCCCGCUUUCCAUCACCCCGCCCCAUUCUCCCGCGUUCCAUCACUCCGCCCCAUUCUCCCGCUUCCCAUCACUCCGCCCCAUUCUCCCUCUUUCAAUCACCCCGCCCCAUCCUCCCACUUUCCAUCACCCCGCCCCAUUCUCCCGCUUUGCAUCACCCCGCCCCAUUCUCCCGCUUUCCAUCACCCCGCCCCAUCCUCGCUCCUUCCAUCACCCCGCCCCAUUCUCCCGCUUUCCAUCACUACGCCCCAUUCUCCCGCUUCCCAUCACCCCGCCCCAUUCUCCCACUUUCCAUCACCCCGCCCCAUUCUCCCGCUUUCCAGCACCCCGCCCCAUCCUCCCUCCUUCCAUCACCCCGCCCCAUUCUCCCGCUUUCCAUCACCCCGCCCCAUCCUCCCUCCUUCCAUCACCCGCCCCAUUCUCCCGCUUUCCAUCACCCCCGCCGCAUUCUCCCUCUUUCCAUCACCCCUCCCCAUUCUCCCGCUUUCCAUCACCCCGCCCCAUUCUCCCGCUUCCCAUCACUCCGCCCCAUUCUCCCGCUUUCCAUCACCCCGCCCAAUUCUCCCGCUUUCCAUCACCCCGCCCCAUUCUCCCGCUUUCCAUCACCCCGCUCCAUUCUCCCGCUUUCCAUCACCCCGCCCCAUUCUCCCGCUUUCCAUCACCCCGCCCCAUUCUCCCGCUUUCCAUCACCCCGCCCCAUUCUCCCGCUUUCCAUCACCCCGCCCCAUUCUCCCGCUUUCCAUCACCCCGCCCCAUUCUCCCGCUUUCCAUCACCCCGCCCCAUUCUCCUGCGUUCCAUCACCCCGCCCCAUUCUCCCGCUUUCCAUCACCCCGCCCCAUUCUCCCUCUUUCCAUCACCCCGCCCCAUUCUCCCUCUUUCCAUCACCCCGCCCCAUUCUCCCGCUUUCCAUCACCCCGCCCCACCCUCCCGCUUUCCAUCACCCCGCCCCAUUCUCCCGCUUUCCAUCACCCCGCCCCAUUCUCCCGCUUUCCAUCACCCUGCCCCAUCCUCCCUCCUUCCAUCACCCCGCCCCAUUCUCCCGCUUUCCAGCACUCCGCCCCAUUCUCCGUCUUUCCAUCACCCCGCCCCAUUUUCCCGCUUUCCAUCACCCCGCCUCAUUCUCCCGCUUCCCAUCACCCCGCCCGAUUCUCCCGCUUUCCAGCACCCCGCCCCAAUCUCCCUCUUUCCAUCCCCCCGCCCCAUUCUCCCUCUUCCCAUCACUCCGCCCCAUUCUCCCACUUUCCAGCACCCCGCCCCAUUCUCCCGCUUUUUAGCACCCCGCCCCAUUCUCCCGCUUUCCAGCACCCCGCCCCAUUCUUCCGCUUUCCGUCACCCCGCCCCAUUCUCCCGCUUUCCAUCACCCCGCCCCAUUCUCCCGCUUCCCAUCACCCCGCCCCAUUCUCCCGCUUCCCAUCACCCCGCCCCAUUCUCCCGCUUUCCAUCACCCCGCCCCAUUCUCCCGCUUUCCAGCACCCCGCCCCAUCCUCCCUCCUUCCAUCACCCCGCCCCAUUCUCCCUCUUUCCAUCACCCCGCCCCAUUCUCCCACUUUCCACCACCCCGCCCCAUUCUCCCGCUUUCCAUCACCCCGCCCCAUUCUCCCGCUUUCCAUCACCCCGCCCCAUUCUCCCGCUUUCCAUCACCCCGCCCCAUUCUCCCGCUUUCCAUCCCCCCGCCCCAUUCUCCCUCUUCCCAUCACUCCGCCCCAUUCUCCCACUUUCCAGCACCCCGCCCCAUUCUCCCGCUUUCCAGCACCCCGCCCCAUUCUUCCGCUUUCCAUCACCCCACCCCAUUCUCCCGCUUUCCAUCACCCCGCCCCAUUCUCCCGCUUUCCAUCACCCCGCCCCAUUCUCUCGCUUUCCAUCACCCCGCCCCAUUCUCCCGCUUUCCAUCACCCCGCCCCAUUCUCCCACUUUCCAUCACCCCGCCCCAUUCUCCCGCUUUCCAGCACCCCGCCCCAUCCUCCCUCCUUCCAUCACCCCGCCCCAUUCUCCCGCUUUCCAUCACCCCGCCCCAUCCUCCCUCCUUCCAUCACCCGCCCCAUUCUCCCGCUUUCCAUCACCCCGCCCCAUUCUCCCGCUUUCCAUCACCCCGCCCCAUUCUCCCGCGUUCCAUCACUCCGCCCCAUUCUCCCGCUUCCCAUCACUCCGCCCCAUUCUCCCUCUUUCCAUCACCCCGCCCCAUCCUCCCGCUUUCCAUCACCCCGCCCCAUUCUCCCGCUUUCCAUCACCCCGCCCCAUUCUCCCGCUUUCCAUCACCCCGCCCCAUUCUCCCGCUUUCCAUCACCCCGCCCCAUUCUCCCGCUUUCCCUCACCCCGCCCCAUUCUCCCGCUUUCCAUCACCCCGCCCCAUUCUCCCGCUUUCCAUCACCCCGCCCCAUUCUCCUGCGUUCCAUCACCCCGCCCCAUUCUCCCGCUUUCCAUCACCCCGCCCCAUUCUCCCUCUUUCCAUCACCCCGCCCCAUUCUCCCGCUUUCCAUCACCCCGCCCCAUUCUCCCGCUUCCCAUCACUCCGCCCCAUUCUCCCGCUUUCCAUCACCCCGCCCCAUUCUCCCGCUUUCCAUCACCCCGCCCCAUUCUCCCGCUUUCCAUCACCCCGCCCCAUUCUCCCGCUUUCCAUCACCCCGCCCCAUUCUCCCGCUUUCCAUCACCCCGCCCCAUUCUCCCGCUUUCCAUCACCCCGCCCCAUUCUCUCGCGUUCCAUCACUCCGCCCCAUUCUCCCGCUUCCCAUCACUCCGCCCCAUUCUCCCUCUUUCCAUCACCCCGCCCCAUCCUCCCGCUUUCCAUCACCCCGCCCCAUUCUCCCGCUUUCCAUCACACCGCCCCAUUCUCCCGCUUUCCAUCACCCCGCCCCAUCCUCCCUCCUUCCAUCACCCCGCCCCAUUCUCCCGCUUUCCAUCACCCCGCCCCAUCCUCCCUCCUUCCAUCACCCCGCCCCAUUCUCCCGCUUUCCAGCACCCCGCCGCAUUCUCCCGCUUUCCAUCACCCCGCCCCAUUCUCCCGCUUUCCAUCACCCCGCCCCAUUCUCCCGCUUUCCAUCAUCCCGCCCCAUUCUCCCGCUUUCCAUCCCCCCGCCCCAUUCUCCCUCUUCCCAUCACUCCGCCCCAUUCUCCCACUUUCCAGCACCCCGCCCCAUUCUCCCGCUUUCCAGCACCCCGCCCCAUUCUCCCGCUUUCCAGCACCCCGCCCCAUUCUUCCGCUUUCCGUCACCCCGCCCCAUUCUCCCGCUUUCCAUCACCCCGCCCCAUUCUCCCGCUUUCCAUCACCCCGCCCCAUUCUCCCACUUUCCAUCACCCCGCCCCAUACUCCCGCUUUCCAUCACCCCGCCCCAUUCUCCCGCUUUCCAUCACCCCGCCCCAUUCUCCCUCUUUCCAUCUCCCCGCCCCAUUCUCCCGCUUUCCAUCACCCCGCCCCAUUCUCCCGCUUUCUAUCACUCUGGCCCAUUCUCUUGCUUUCCAUCACCCCGCCCCAUACUCCCGCUUUCCAUCACCCCGCCCCAUUCUCCCGCUUUCCAUCACCCCGCCCCAUUCUCCCUCUUUCCAUCUCCCCGCCCCAUUCUCCCGCUUUCCAUCACCCCGCCCCAUUCUCCCGCUUUCUAUCACUCUGGCCCAUUCUCCCGCUUUCCAUCACCCCGCCCCAUUCUCCCGCUUUCCAUCACCCCGCCCCAUUCUCCCGCUUUCCAUCACCACGCCCCAUUCUCCCGCUUCCCAUCACCCCGCCCCAUUCUUCCGCUUUCCAUCACUCCGCCCCAUCCUCCCGCUUUCCAGCACCCCGCCCCAUUCUCCCUCUUUCCAUCACUCCGCCCCAUUCUUCUGCUUUCCAUCACCCCGCCCCAUUCUCCCGCUUUCCAUCACCCCGCCCCAUUCUCCCGCUUUCCAUCACCCCGCCCCAUUCUUCCGCUUUCCAUCACCCCGCCCCAUUCUCCCGCUUUCCAUCACCCCGCCCCAUCCUCCCUCCUUCCAUCACCCCGCCCCAUUCUCCCGCUUUCCAUCACCCCGCCCCAUUCUCCCUCUUUCCAUCACCCCGCCCCAUUCUCCCGCUUUCCAUCACCCCGCCCCAUUCUCCCGCUUUUCAUCACCCCGCCCCAUUCUCCCGCUUUCCAUCACCCCGCCCCAUUCUCCCGCUUUCCAUCACCCCGCCCCAUUCUCCCGCUUUCCAUCACCCCGCCCCAUUCUCCCGCUUUCCAUCACCCCGCCCCAUUCUCCCGCUUUCCAUCACCCCGCCCCAUUCUCCCGCUUUCCAUCACCCCGCCCCAUUCUCCCGCUUUCCAUCACCCCGCCCCAUUCUCCCGCUUUCCAUCACCCCGCCCCAUUCUCCCGCUUUCCAUCACCCCGCCCCAUUCUCCCUCUUUCCAUCACCCCGCCCCAUUCUCCCGCUUUCCAUCACCCCGCCCCAUUCUCCCGCGUUCCAUCACUCCGCCCCAUUCUCCCGCUUCCCAUCACUCCGCCCCAUUCUCCCUCUUUCAAUCACCCCGCCCCAUCCUCCCACUUUCCAUCACCCCGCCCCAUUCUCCCGCUUUGCAUCACCCCGCCCCAUUCUCCCGCUUUCCAUCACCCCGCCCCAUCCUCGCUCCUUCCAUCACCCCGCCCCAUUCUCCCGCUUUCCAUCACUACGCCCCAUUCUCCCGCUUCCCAUCACCCCGCCCCAUUCUCCCACUUUCCAUCACCCCGCCCCAUUCUCCCGCUUUCCAGCACCCCGCCCCAUCCUCCCUCCUUCCAUCACCCCGCCCCAUUCUCCCGCUUUCCAUCACCCCGCCCCAUCCUCCCUCCUUCCAUCACCCGCCCCAUUCUCCCGCUUUCCAUCACCCCGCCGCAUUCUCCCUCUUUCCAUCACCCCUCCCCAUUCUCCCGCUUUCCAUCACCCCGCCCCAUUCUCCCGCUUCCCAUCACUCCGCCCCAUUCUCCCGCUUUCCAUCACCCCGCCCAAUUCUCCCGCUUUCCAUCACCCCGCCCCAUUCUCCCGCUUUCCAUCACCCCGCCCCAUUCUCCCGCUUUCCAUCACCCCGCCCCAUUCUCCCGCUUUCCAUCACCCCGCCCCAUUCUCCCGCUUUCCAUCACCCCGCCCCAUUCUCCCGCUUUCCAUCACCCCGCCCCAUUCUCCCGCUUUCCAUCACCCCGCCCCAUUCUCCCGCUUUCCAUCACCCCGCCCCAUUCUCCUGCGUUCCAUCACCCCGCCCCAUUCUCCCGCUUUCCAUCACCCCGCCCCAUUCUCCCUCUUUCCAUCACCCCGCCCCAUUCUCCCUCUUUCCAUCACCCCGCCCCAUUCUCCCGCUUUCCAGCACCCCGCCCCACCCUCCCGCUUUCCAUCACCCCGCCCCAUUCUCCCGCUUUCCAUCACCCCGCCCCAUUCUCCCGCUUUCCAUCACCCUGCCCCAUCCUCCCUCCUUCCAUCACCCCGCCCCAUUCUCCCGCUUUCCAGCACUCCGCCCCAUUCUCCGUCUUUCCAUCACCCCGCCCCAUUUUCCCGCUUUCCAUCACCCCGCCUCAUUCUCCCGCUUCCCAUCACCCCGCCCGAUUCUCCCGCUUUCCAGCACCCCGCCCCAAUCUCCCUCUUUCCAUCCCCCCGCCCCAUUCUCCCUCUUCCCAUCACUCCGCCCCAUUCUCCCACUUUCCAGCACCCCGCCCCAUUCUCCCGCUUUUUAGCACCCCGCCCCAUUCUCCCGCUUUCCAGCACCCCGCCCCAUUCUUCCGCUUUCCGUCACCCCGCCCCAUUCUCCCGCUUUCCAUCACCCCGCCCCAUUCUCCCGCUUUCCAUCACCCCGCCCCAUUCUCCCGCUUUCCAUCACCCGCCCCAUUCUCCCGCUUUUCAUCACCCCGCCCCAUUCUCCCGCUUUCCAUCACCCCGCCCCAUUCUCCCGCUUUCCAUCACCCCGCCCCAUUCUCCCGCUUUCCAUCACCCCGCCCCAUUCUCCCGCUUUCCAUCACCCCGCCCCAUUCUCCCGCUUUCCAUCACCCCGCCCCAUUCUCCCGCUUUCCAUCACCCCGCCCCAUUCUCCCGCUUUCCAUCACCCCGCCCCAUUCUCCUGCGUUCCAUCACCCCGCCCCAUUCUCCCGCUUUCCAUCACCCCGCCCCAUUCUCCCUCUUUCCAUCACCCCGCCCCAUCCUCCCGCUUUCCAUCACCCUGCCCCAUCCUCCCUCAUUCCAUCACCCCGCCCCAUUCUCCCGCUCUCCAUCACCCUGCCCCAUUCUCCGGCUUUCAUCACCUCGCCCCAUUCUCCCGCUUUCCAUCACCCCGCCCCAUUCUCCCGCUUUCCAGCACCCCGCCCCACCCUCCCGCUUUCCAUCACCCCGCCCCAUUCUCCCGCUUUCCAUUACCCCGCCCCAUUCUCCCACUUUCCAUCACCCUGCCCCAUCCUCCCUCCUUCCAUCACCCCGCCCCAUUCUCCCGCUUUCCAGCACUCCGCCCCAUUCUCCCACCCCGCCCCAAUCUCCCUCUUUCCAUCACCCCGCCCCAUCCUCCCUCCUUCCAUCACCCUGCCCCAUUCUCCCGCUUUCCAGCACCCCGCCGCAUUCUCCCGCUUUCCACCACCCCGCCCCAUUCUCCCACUUUCCAUCACCCCGCCCCAUUCUCCCGCUUUCCAGCACCCCGCCGCAUUCUCCAGCUUUCCAUCACCCCGCCCCAUUCUCCCGCUUUCCAUCACCCCGCCCCAAUCUCCCGCUUUCCAUCACCCCGCCCCAUUCUCCCGCUUUCCAUCACCCCGCCCCAUUCUCCCGCUUUCCAUCACCCCGCCCUAUUCUCCCUCUUUCCAUCACCCCGCCCCAUUCUCCCGCUUUCCAUCACCCCGCCCCAUUCUCCCGCUUCCCAUCACCCCGCCCCAUUCUCCCGCUUCCCAUCAACCCGCCCCAUUCUCCCGCUUUCCAUCACCCCGCCCCAUUCUCCCGCUUUCCAGCACCCAGCCCCAUCCUCCCUCCUUCCAUCACCCCGCCCCAUUCUCCCUCUUUCCAUCACCCCGCCCCAUUCUCCCUCUUUCCAUCACCCCGCCCCAUUCUCCCACUUUCCAUCACCUCGCCCCAUUCUCCUGCUUUCCAUCACCCCGCCCCAUUCUCCCGCUUUCCAUCACCCCGCCUCAUUCUCCCGCUUUCCAUCACCCCGCCCCAUUCUCCCUCUUUCCAUCUCCCCGCCCCAUUCUCCCGCUUUCCAUCACCCCGCCCCAUUCUCCCGCUUUCUAUCACUCUGCCCCAUUCUCCCGCUUUCCAGCACCCCGCCCCAUUCUCCCGCUUUCCAUCACCCCGCCCCAUUCUCCCGCUUUCCAGCACCCCGCCCCAUUCUCCCGCUUUGCAUCACCCCGUCCCAUUCUCCCGCUUUCCAUCACCCCGCCCCAUUCUCCCGCUUUCCAUCACCCCGCCCCAUUCUCCCGCUUCCCAUCACCCCGCCCCAUUCUCCCGCUUCCCAUCACCCCGCCCCAUUCUCCCGCUUUCGAUCACCCCGCCCCAUUCUCCCGCUUUCCAGCACCCCGCCCCAUCCUCCCUCCUUCCAUCACCCCGCCCCAUUCUCCCUCUUUCCAUCACCCCGCCCCAUUCUCCCUCUUUCCAUCACCCCGCCCCAUUCUCCCACUUUCCAUCACCCCGCCCCAUUCUCCCGCUUUCCAUCACCCUGCCCCAUUCUCCCGCUUUCCAUCACCCUGCCCCAUUCUCCCUCUUUCCAUCUCCCCGCCCCAUUCUCCCGCUUUCCAUCACCCCGCCACAUUCUCCCGCUUUCUAUCACUCUGCCCCAUUCUCCCGCUUUCCAUCACCCCGCCCCAUUCUCCCGCUUUCCAUCACCCCGCCCCAUUCUCCCGCUUUCCAUCACCACGCCCCAUUCUCCCGCUUCCCAUCACCCCGCCCCAUUCUUCCGCUUUCCAUCACUCCGCCCCAUCCUCCCGCUUUCCAGCACCCCGCCCCAUUCUCCCUCUUUCCAUCACUCCGCCCCAUUCUUCUGCUUUCCAUCACCCCGCCCCAUUCUCCCGCUUUCCAUCACCCCGCCCCAUUCUCCCACUUUCCAUCACCCCGCCCCAUUCUCCCGCUUUCCAUCACCCCGCCCCAUUCUCCCGCUUUCCAUCACCCCGCCCCAUUCUCCCGCUUUCCAUCACCCCGCCCCAUUCUCCCGCUUUCCAUCACCCCGCCCCAUUCUCCUGCGUUCCAUCACCCCGCCCCAUUCUCCCGCUUUCCAUCACCCCGCCCCAUUCUCCCUCUUUCCAUCACCCCGCCCCAUUCUCCCGCUUUCCAUCACCCCGCCCCAUUCUCCCGCUCUCCAUCACCCUGCCCCAUUCUCCGGCUUUCAUCACCUCGCCCCAUUCUCCCGCUUUCCAUCACCCCGCCCCAUUCUCCCGCUUUCCAGCACCCCGCCCCAUCCUCCCGCUUUCCAUCACCCCGCCCCAUUCUCCCGCUUUCCAUUACCCCGCCCCAUUCUCCCGCUUUCCAUCACCCUGCCCCAUCCUCCCUCCUUCCAUCACCCCGCCCCAUUCUCCCGCUUUCCAGCACUCCGCCCCAUUCUCCCGCUUUCCAUCACCCCGCCCCAUUCUCCCGCUUCCCAUCACCCCGCCCCAUUCUCCCGCUUCCCAUCACCCCGCCCCAUUCUCCCGCUUUCCAUCACCCCGCCCCAUUCUCCCGCUUUCCAGCACCCCGCCCCAUCCUCCCUCCUUCCAUCACCCCGCCCCAUUCUCCCUCUUUCCAUCACCCCGCCCCAUUCUCCCUCUUUCCAUCACCCCGCCCCAUUCUCCCGCUUUCCAUCACCCCGCCCCAUUCUCCCGCUUUCCAUCACCCCACCCCAUCCUCCCGCUUUCCAUCACCCUGCCCCAUCCUCCCUCCUUCCAUCACCCCGCCCCAUUCUCCCGCUUUCCAGCACUCCGCCCCAUUCUCCGUCUUUCCAUCACCCCGCCCCAUUUUCCCGCUUUCCAUCACCCCGCCUCAUUCUCCCGCUUCCCAUCACCCCGCCCGAUUCUCCCGCUUUCCAGCACCCCGCCCCAUUCUCCCUCCUUCCAUCACCCUGCCCCAUUCUCCCGCUUUCCAGCACCCCGCCGCAUUCUCCCGCUUUCCAUCACCCCGCCCCAUUCUCCCGCUUUCCAUCACCCCGCCCCAUUCUCCCGCUUUCCAGCACCCCGCCGCAUUCUCCCGCUUUCCAUCACCCCGCCCCAUUCUCCUGCUUUCCAUCACCCCGCCCCAUUCUCCCGCUUUCCAUCACCCCGCCCCAUUCUCCCGCUUUCCAUCACCCCGCCCCAUUCUCCCGCUUUCCAUCACCCCGCCCCAUUCUCCCGCUUUCCAUCACCCCGCCCCAUUCUCCCGCUUUCCAUCACCCCGCCCCAUUCUCCCGCUUUCCAUCACCCCGCCCCAUUCUCCCUCUUUCCAUCACCCCGCCCCAUUCUCCCGCUUUCCAUCACCCCGCCCCAUUCUCCCGCGUUCCAUCACUCCGCCCCAUUCUCCCGCUUCCCAUCACUCCGCCCCAUUUUCCCUCUUUCCAACACCCCGCCCCAUCCUCCCACUUUCCAUCACCCCGCCCCAUUCUCCCGCUUUGCAUCACCCUGCCCCAUUCUCCCGCUUUCCAUCACCCCGCCCCAUCCUCGCUCCUUCCAUCACCCCGCCCCAUUCUCCCGCUUUCCAUCACUACGCCCCAUUCUCCCGCUUCCCAUCACCCCGCCCCAUUCUCCCACUUUCCAUCACCCCGCCCCAUUCUCCCGCUUUCCAGCACCCCGCCGCAUUCUCCCUCUUUCCAUCACCCCGCCCCAUUCUUCCGCUUUCCAUCACCCCGCCCCAUUCUCCCGCUUCCCAUCACUCCGCCCCAUUCUCCCGCUUUCCAUCACCUCGCCCCAUUCUCCCGCUUUCCAUCACCCCGCCCCAUUCUCCCGCUUUCCAUCACCCCGCCCCGUUCUCCCGCUUUCCAUCACCCCGCCCCAUUCUCCCGCUUUCCAUCAUCCCGCCCCAUUCUCCCGCCUUCCAUCACCCCGCCCCAUUCUCCCGCGUUCCAUCACUCCGCCCCAUUCUCCCGCUUCCCAUCACUCCGCCCCAUUCUCCCUCUUUCCAUCACCCCGCCCCAUCCUCCCGCUUUCCAUCACCCCGCCCCAUUCUCCCGCUUUCCAUCACCCCGCCCCAUCCUCCCUCCUUCCACCACCCCGCCCCAUUCUCCCGCUUUCCAUCACCCCGCCCCAUCCUCCCUCCUUCCAUCACCCCGCCCCAUUCUCCCGCUUUCCAUCACCCCGCCCCAUUCUCCCGCUUCCCAUCACCCCGCCCCAUUCUCCCACUUUCCAUCACCCCGCCCCAUUCUCCCGCUUUCCAGCACCCCGCCCCAUUCUCCCUCUUUCCAUCACCCCGCCCCAUCCUCCCUCCUUCCAUCACCCCGCCCCAUUCUCCCGCUUUCCAGCACCCCGCCGCAUUCUCCCGCUUUCCAUCACCCCGCCUCAUUCUCCCGCUUUCCAUCACCCCGCCCCAUUCUCCCGCUUUCCAUCACCCCGCCCCAUUCUCCCGCUUUCCAUCACCCCGCCCCAUCCUCCCUCCUUCCAUCACCCCGCCCCAUUCUCCCGCUUUCCAUCACCCCGCCCCAUUCUCCCGCUUCCCAUCACCCCGCCCCAUUCUCCCACUUUCCAUCACCCCGCCCCAUUCUCCCGCUUUCCAGCACCCCGCCCCAUUCUCCCUCUUUCCAUCACCCCGCCCCAUCCUCCCUCCUUCCAUCACCCCGCCCCAUUCUCCCGCUUUCCAGCACCCCGCCGCAUUCUCCCGCUUUCCAUCACCCCGCCCCAUUCUCCCGCUUUCCAUCACCCCGCCCCAUUCUCCCGCUUUCCAUCACCCCGCCCCAUUCUCCCGCUUUCCAUCCCCCCCCCCCCUCUUCCGCUUCCCAUCACCCCGCCCCAUUCUCCCACUUUCCAUCACCCCGCCCCAUUCUCCCGCUUUCCAGCACCCCGCCCCAUUCUCCCUCUUUUCAUCACUCCGCCCCAUUCUCCCACUUUCCAGCACCCCGCCCCAUUCUCCCUCUUUCCAUCACUCCGCCCCAUUCUUCCGCUUUCCAUCACCCCGCCCCAUUCUCCCGCUUUCCAUCACCCCGCCCCAUUCUCCCGCUUUCCAUCACCCCGCCCCAUUCUCCCGCUUUCCAUCACCCCGCCCCAUUCUCCCGCUUUCCAUCACCCCGCCCCAUCCUCCCUCCUUCCAUCACCCCGCCCCAUUCUCCUGCUUUCCAUCACCCCGCCCCAUUCUCCAUCUUUCCAUCACCCCGCCCCAUUCUCCCGCUUUCCAUCACCCCGCCCCAUUCUCCCGCUUUUCAUCACCCCGCCCCAUUCUCCCGCUUUCCAUCACCCCGCCCCAUUCUCUUGCUUUCCAUCACCCCGCCCCAUCCUCCCGCUUUCCAUCAACCCGCCCCAUUCUCCCGCUUCCCAUCACUCCGCCCCAUUCUCCUGCUUUCCAUCACCCCGCCCCAUUCUCCCGCUUUCCAUCACCCUGCCCCAUUCUCCCGCUUUCCAUCACCCCGCCCCAUUCUCCCUCUUUCCAUCACCCCGCCCCAUUCUCCCGCUUUCCAUCAACCCGCCCCAUUCUCCCGCUUCCCAUCACUCCGCCCCAUUCUCCUGCUUUCCAUCACCCCGCCCCAUUCUCCCGCUUUCCAUCACCCCGCCCCAUUCUCCCGCUUUCCAUCACCCCGCCCCAUUCUCCCGCUUUCCAUCACCCCGCCCCAUUCUCCCGCUUUCCAUCACCCCGCCCCAUUCUCCCGCUUUCCAUCACCCCGCCCCAUUCUCCCGCGUUCCAUCACUCCGCCCCAUUCUCCCGCUUCCCAUCACUCCGCCCCAUUCUCCCUCUUUCCAUCACCCCGCCCCAUCCUCCCGCUUUCCAUCACCCCGCCCCAUUCUCCCGCUUUCCAUCACCCCGCCCCAUUCUCCCGCUUUCCAUCACCCCGCCCCAUCCUCCCUCCUUCCAUCACCCCGCCCCAUUCUCCCGCUUUCCAUCACCCCGCCCCAUCCUCCCUCCUUCCAUCACCCCGCCCCAUUCUCUUGCUUUCCAUCACCCCGCCCCAUUCUCCCGCUUCCCAUCACCCCGCCCCAUUCUCCCACUUUCCAUCACCCGGCCCCAUUCUCCCGCUUUCCAGCACCCCGCCCCAUUCUCCCUCUUUCCAUCACCCCGCCCCAUCCUCCCUCCUUCCAUCACCCCGCCCCAUUCUCCCUCUUUCCAGCACCCCGCCGCAUUCUCCCGCUUUCCAUCACCCCGCCCCAUUCUCCCGCUUUCCAUCACCCCGCCCCAUUCUCCCGCUUUCCAUCACCCCGCCCCAUUCUCCCGCUUUCCAUCACCCGCCCCAUUCUCCCGCCCCAUUCUCCCGCUUUCCAUCACCCCGCCCCAUUCUCCCUCUUUUCAUCACUCUGCCCCAUUCUCCCACUUUCCAGCACCCCGCCCCAUUCUCCCUCUUUCCAUCACUCCGCCCCAUUCUUCCGCUUUCCAUCACCCCGCCCCAUUCUCCCGCUUUCCAUCACCCCACCCCAUUCUCCCGCUUUCCAUCACCCCGCCCCAUUCUCCCGCUUUCCAUCACCCCGCCCCAUCCUCCCUUCUUCCAUCACCCCGCCCCAUUCUCCCGCUUUCCAUCACCCUGCCCCAUCCUCCCUCCUUCCAUCACCCCGCCCCAUUCUCCCGCUCUCCAUCACUCCGCCCCAUUCUCCCUCUUUCCAUCACCCCGCCCCAUCCUCCCGCUUUCCAUCACCCCGCCCCAUUCUCCCGCUUUCCAUCACCCCGCCCCAUCCUCCCUCCUUCCACCACCCCGCCCCAUUCUCCCGCUUUCCAUCACCCCGCCCCAUCCUCCCUCCUUCCAUCACCCCGCCCCAUUCUCCCGCUUUCCAUCACCCCGCCCCAUUCUCCCGCUUUCCAUCACCCCGCCCCAUCCUCCCUCCUUCCAUCACCCCGCCCCAUUCUCCUGCUUUCCAUCACCCCGCCCCAUUCUCCCGCUUCCCAUCACCCCGCCCCAUUCUCCCACUUUCCAUCACCCCGCCCCAUUCUCCCGCUUUCCAGCACCCCGCCCCAUUCUCCCUCUUUCCAUCACCCCGCCCCAUCCUCCCUCCUUCCAUCACCCCGCCCCAUUCUCCCGCUUUCCAGCACCCCGCCGCAUUCUCCCGCUUUCCAUCACCCCGCCCCAUUCUCCCGCUUUCCAUCACCCCGCCCCAUUCUCCCGCUUUCCAUCACCCCGCCCCAUUCUCCCGCUUUCCAUCCCCCCCCCCCCUCUUCCGCUUCCCAUCACCCCGCCCCAUUCUCCCACUUUCCAUCACCCCGCCCCAUUCUCCCGCUUUCCAGCACCCCGCCCCAUUCUCCCUCUUUUCAUCACUCCGCCCCAUUCUCCCACUUUCCAGCACCCCGCCCCAUUCUCCCUCUUUCCAUCACUCCGCCCCAUUCUUCCGCUUUCCAUCACCCCGCCCCAUUCUCCCGCUUUCCAUCACCCCGCCCCAUUCUCCCGCUUUCCAUCACCCCGCCCCAUUCUCCCGCUUUCCAUCACCCCACCCCAUUCUCCCGCUUUCCAUCACCCCGCCCCAUCCUCCCUCCUUCCAUCACCCCGCCCCAUUCUCCUGCUUUCCAUCACCCCGCCCCAUUCUCCAUCUUUCCAUCACCCCGCCCCAUUCUCCCGCUUUCCAUCACCCCGCCCCAUUCUCCCGCUUUUCAUCACCCCGCCCCAUUCUCCCGCUUUCCAUCACCCCGCCCCAUUCUCUUGCUUUCCAUCACCCCGCCCCAUCCUCCCGCUUUCCAUCAACCCGCCCCAUUCUCCCGCUUCCCAUCACUCCGCCCCAUUCUCCUGCUUUCCAUCACCCCGCCCCAUUCUCCCGCUUUCCAUCACCCCGCCCCAUUCUCCCGCUUUCCAUCACCCCGCCCCAUUCUCCCUCUUUCCAUCACCCCGCCCCAUUCUCCCGCUUUCCAUCAACCCGCCCCAUUCUCCCGCUUCCCAUCACUCCGCCCCAUUCUCCUGCUUUCCAUCACCCCGCCCCAUUCUCCCGCUUUCCAUCACCCCGCCCCAUUCUCCCGCUUUCCAUCACCCCGCCCCAUUCUCCCGCUAUCCAUCACCCCGCCCCAUUCUCCCGCUUUCCAUCACCCCGCCCCAUUCUCCCGCUUUCCAUCACCCCGCCCCAUUCUCCCGCGUUCCAUCACUCCGCCCCAUUAUCCCGCUUCCCAUCACUCCGCCCCAUUCUCCCUCUUUCCAUCACCCCGCCCCAUCCUCCCGCUUUCCAUCACCCCGCCCCAUUCUCCCGCUUUCCAUCACCCCGCCCCAUUCUCCCGCUUUCCAUCACCCCGCCCCAUCCUCCCUCCUUCCAUCACCCCGCCCCAUUCUCCCGCUUUCCAUCACCCCGCCCCAUUCUCCCUCCUUCCAACACCCCGCCCCAUCCUCCCACUUUCCAUCACCCCGCCCCAUUCUCCCGCUUUGCAUCACCCUGCCCCAUUCUCCCGCUUUCCAUCACCCCGCCCCAUCCUCGCUCCUUCCAUCACCCCGCCCCAUUCUCCCGCUUUCCAUCACCUCGCCCCAUUCUCCCGCUUUCCAUCACCCCGCCCCAUUCUCCCGCUUUCCAUCACCCCGCCCCGUUCUCCCGCUUUCCAUCACCCCGCCCCAUUCUCCCGCUUUCCAUCACCCCGCCCCAUUCUCCCGCCUUCCAUCACCCCGCCCCAUUCUCCCGCGUUCCAUCACUCCGCCCCAUUCUCCCGCUUCCCAUCACUCCGCCCCAUUCUCCCUCUUUCCAUCACCCCGCCCCAUCCUCCCGCUUUCCAUCACCCCGCCCCAUUCUCCCGCUUUCCAUCACCCCGCCCCAUCCUCCCUCCUUCCACCACCCCGCCCCAUUCUCCCGCUUUCCAUCACCCCGCCCCAUCCUCCCUCCUUCCAUCACCCCGCCCCAUUCUCCCGCUUUCCAUCACCUCGCCCCAUUCUCCCGCUUUCCAUCACCUCGCCCCAUUCUCCCGCUUUCCAUCACCCCGCCCCAUUCUCCCGCUUUCCAUCACCCCGCCCCGUUCUCCCGCUUUCCAUCACCCCGCCCCAUUCUCCCGCUUUCCAUCACCCCGCCCCAUUCUCCCGCCUUCCAUCACCCCGCCCCAUUCUCCCGCGUUCCAUCACUCCGCCCCAUUCUCCCGCUUCCCAUCACUCCGCCCCAUUCUCCCUCUUUCCAUCACCCCGCCCCAUCCUCCCGCUUUCCAUCACCCCGCCCCAUUCUCCCGCUUUCCAUCACCCCGCCCCAUCCUCCCUCCUUCCACCACCCCGCCCCAUUCUCCCGCUUUCCAUCACCCCGCCCCAUCCUCCCUCCUUCCAUCACCCCGCCCCAUUCUCCCGCUUUCCAUCACCCCGCCCCAUUCUCCCGCUUCCCAUCACCCCGCCCCAUUCUCCCACUUUCCAUCACCCCGCCCCAUUCUCCCGCUUUCCAGCACCCCGCCCCAUUCUCCCUCUUUCCAUCACCCCGCCCCAUCCUCCCUCCUUCCAUCACCCCGCCCCAUUCUCCCGCUUUCCAGCACCCCGCCGCAUUCUCCCGCUUUCCAUCACCCCGCCUCAUUCUCCCGCUUUCCAUCACCCCGCCCCAUUCUCCCGCUUUCCAUCACCCCGCCCCAUCCUCCCGCUUUCCAUCACCCCGCCCCAUCCUCCCUCCUUCCAUCACCCCGCCCCAUUCUCCCGCUUUCCAUCACCCCGCCCCAUUCUCCCGCUUCCCAUCACCCCGCCCCAUUCUCCCACUUUCCAUCACCCCGCCCCAUUCUCCCGCUUUCCAGCACCCCGCCCCAUUCUCCCUCUUUCCAUCACCCCGCCCCAUCCUCACUCCUUCCAUCACCCCGCCCCAUUCUCCCGCUUUCCAGCACCCCGCCGCAUUCUCCCGCUUUCCAUCACCCCGCCCCAUUCUCCCGCUUUCCAUCACCCCGCCCCAUUCUCCCGCUUUCCAUCACCCCGCCCCAUUCUCCCGCUUUCCAUCCCCCCCCCCCUCUUCCGCUUCCCAUCACCCCGCCCCAUUCUCCCACUUUCCAUCACCCCGCCCCAUUCUCCCGCUUUCCAGCACCCCGCCCCAUUCUCCCUCUUUUCAUCACUCCGCCCCAUUCUCCCACUUUCCAGCACCCCGCCCCAUUCUCCCUCUUUCCAUCACUCCGCCCCAUUCUUCCGCUUUCCAUCACCCCGCCCCAUUCUCCCGCUUUCCAUCACCCCGCCCCAUUCUCCCGCUUUCCAUCACCCCGCCCCAUUCUCCCGCUUUCCAUCACCCCGCCCCAUUCUCCCGCUUUCCAUCACCCCGCCCCAUCCUCCCUCCUUCCAUCACCCCGCCCCAUUCUCCUGCUUUCCAUCACCCCGCCCCAUUCUCCAUCUUUCCAUCACCCCGCCCCAUUCUCCCGCUUUCCAUCACCCCGCCCCAUUCUCCCGCUUUCCAUCACCCCGCCCCAUUCUCUUGCUUUCCAUCACCCCGCCCCAUCCUCCCGCUUUCCAUCAACCCGCCCCAUCCUCCCGCUUUCCAUCAACCCGCCCCAUUCUCCCGCUUCCCAUCACUCCGCCCCAUUCUCCUGCUUUCCAUCACCCCGCCCCAUUCUCCCGCUUUCCAUCACCCCGCCCCAUUCUCCCGCUUUCCAUCACCCCGCCCCAUUCUCCCUCUUUCCAUCACCCCGCCCCAUUCUCCCGCUUUCCAUCAACCCGCCCCAUUCUCCCGCUUCCCAUCACUCCGCCCCAUUCUCCUGCUUUCCAUCACCCCGCCCCAUUCUCCCGCUUUCGAUCACCCCGCCCCAUUCUCCCGCUUUCCAUCACCCCGCCCCAUUCUCCCGCUUUCCAUCACCCCGCCCCAUUCUCCCGCUUUCCAUCACCCCGCCCCAUUCUCCCGCUUUCCAUCACCCCGCCCCAUUCUCCCGCGUUCCAUCACUCCGCCCCAUUCUCCCGCUUCCCAUCACUCCGCCCCAUUCUCCCUCUUUCCAUCACCCCGCCCCAUCCUCCCGCUUUCCAUCACCCCGCCCCAUUCUCCCGCUUUCCAUCACCCCGCCCCAUUCUCCCACUUUCCAUCACCCCGCCCCAUCCUCCCUCCUUCCAUCACCCCGCCCCAUUCUCCCGCUUUCCAUCACCCCGCCCCAUCCUCCCUCCUUCCAUCACCCCGCCCCAUUCUCUUGCUUUCCAUCACCCCGCCCCAUUCUCCCGCUUCCCAUCACCCCGCCCCAUUCUCCCACUUUCCAUCACCCGGCCCCAUUCUCCCGCUUUCCAGCACCCCGCCCCAUUCUCCCUCUUUCCAUCACCCACCCCCAUCCUCCCUCCUUCCAUCACCCCGCCCCAUUCUCCCUCUUUCCAGCACCCCGCCGCAUUCUCCCGCUUUCCAUCACCCCGCCCCAUUCUCCCGCUUUCCAUCACCCCGCCCCAUUCUCCCGCUUUCCAUCACCCCGCCCCAUUCUCCCGCUUUCCAUCACCCACCCCAUUCUCCCGCCCCAUUCUCCCGCUUUCCAUCACCCCGCCCCAUUCUCCCUCUUUUCAUCACUCUGCCCCAUUCUCCCACUUUCCAGCACCCCGCCCCAUUCUCCCUCUUUCCAUCACUCCGCCCCAUUCUUCCGCUUUCCAUCACCCCGCCCCAUUCUCCCGCUUUCCAUCACCCCACCCCAUUCUCCCGCUUUCCAUCACCCCGCCCCAUUCUCCCGCUUUCCAUGACCCCGCCCCAUCCUCCCUUCUUCCAUCCCCCCGCCCCAUUCUCCCGCUUUCCAUCACCCUGCCCCAUCCUCCCUCCUUCCAUCACCCCGCCCCAUUCUCCCGCUCUCCAUCACUCCGCCCCAUUCUCCCUCUUUCCAUCACCCCGCCCCAUCCUCCCGCUUUCCAUCACCCCGCCCCAUUCUCCCGCUUUCCAUCACCCCGCCCCAUCCUCCCUCCUUCCACCACCCCGCCCCAUUCUCCCGCUUUCCAUCACCCCGCCCCAUCCUCCCUCCUUCCAUCACCCCGCCCCAUUCUCCCGCUUUCCAUCACCCCGCCCCAUUCUCCCGCUUUCCAUCACCCCGCCCCAUCCUCCCUCCUUCCAUCACCCCGCCCCAUUCUCCUGCUUUCCAUCACCCCGCCCCAUUCUCCCGCUUCCCAUCACCCCGCCCCAUUCUCCCACUUUCCAUCACCCCGCCCCAUUCUCCCGCUUUCCAGCACCCCGCCCCAUUCUCCCUCUUUCCAUCACCCCGCCCCAUCCUCCCUCCUUCCAUCACCCCGCCCCAUUCUCCCGCUUUCCAGCACCCCGCCGCAUUCUCCCGCUUUCCAUCACCCCGCCCCAUUCUCCCGCUUUCCAUCACCCCGCCCCAUUCUCCCGCUUUCCAUCACCCCGCCCCAUUCUCCCGCUUUCCAUCCCCCCCCCCAUCUUCCGCUUCCCAUCACCCCGCCCCAUUCUCCCACUUUCCAUCACCCCGCCCCAUUCUCCCGCUUUCCAGCACCCCGCCCCAUUCUCCCUCUUUUCAUCACUCCGCCCCAUUCUCCCACUUUCCAGCACCCCGCCCCAUUCUCCCUCUUUCCAUCACUCCGUCCCAUUCUUCCGCUUUCCAUCACCCCGCCCCAUUCUCCCGCUUUCCAUCACCCCGCCCCAUUCUCCCGCUUUCCAUCACCCCGCCCCAUUCUCCCGCUUUCCAUCACCCCGCCCCAUUCUCCCGCUUUCCAUCACCCCGCCCCAUCCUCCCUCCUUCCAUCACCCCGCCCCAUUCUCCUGCUUUCCAUCACCCCGCCCCAUUCUCCAUCUUUCCAUCACCCCACCCCAUUCUCCCGCUUUCCAUCACCCCGCCCCAUUCUCCCGCUUUUCAUCACCCCGCCCCAUUCUCCCGCUUUCCAUCACCCCGCCCCAUUCUCUUGCUUUCCAUCACCCCGCCCCAUCCUCCCGCUUUCCAUCAACCCGCCCCAUUCUCCCGCUUCCCAUCACUCCGCCCCAUUCUCCUGCUUUCCAUCACCCCGCCCCAUUCUCCCGCUUUCCAUCACCCCGCCCCAUUCUCCCGCUUUCCAUCACCCCGCCCCAUUCUCCCUCUUUCCAUCACCCCGCCCCAUUCUCCCGCUUUCCAUCAACCCGCCCCAUUCUCCCGCUUCCCAUCACUCCGCCCCAUUCUCCUGCUUUCCAUCACCCCGCCCCAUUCUCCCGCUUUCCAUCACCCCGCCCCAUUCUCCCGCUUUCCAUCACCCCGCCCCAUUCUCCCGCUAUCCAUCACCCCGCCCCAUUCUCCCGCUUUCCAUCACCCCGCCCCAUUCUCCCGCUUUCCAUCACCCCGCCCCAUUCUCCCGCGUUCCAUCACUCCGCCCCAUUAUCCCGCUUCCCAUCACUCCGCCCCAUUCUCCCUCUUUCCAUCACCCCGCCCCAUCCUCCCGCUUUCCAUCACCCCGCCCCAUUCUCCCGCUUUCCAUCACCCCGCCCCAUUCUCCCGCUUUCCAUCACCCCGCCCCAUCCUCCCUCCUUCCAUCACCCCGCCCCAUUCUCCCGCUUUCCAUCACCCCGCCCCAUCCUCCCUCCUUCCAUCACCCCGCCCCAUUCUCUUGCUUUCCAUCACCCCGCCCCAUUCUCCCGCUUCCCAUCACCCCGCCCCAUUCUCCCACUUUUCAUCACCCGGCCCCAUUCUCCCGCUUUCCAGCACCCCGCCCCAUUCUCCCUCUUUCCAUCACCCCGCCCCAUCCUCCCUCCUUCCAUCACCCCGCCCCAUUCUCCCUCUUUCCAGCACCCCGCCGCAUUCUCCCGCUUUCCAUCACCCCGCCCCAUUCUCCCGCUUUCCAUCACCCCGCCCCAUUCUCCCGCUUUCCAUCCCCCCCCCCCUCUUCCGCUUCCCAUCACCCCGCCCCAUUCUCCCACUUUCCAUCACCCCGCCCCAUUCUCCCUCUUUCCAGCACCCCGCCCCAUUCUCCCUCUUUUCAUCACUCUGCCCCAUUCUCCCACUUUCCAGCACCCCGCCCCAUUCUCCCUCUUUCCAUCACUCCGCCCCAUUCUUCCGCUUUCCAUCACCCCGCCCCAUUCUCCCGCUUUCCAUCACCCCACCCCAUUCUCCCGCUUUCCAUCACCCCGCCCCAUUCUCCCGCUUUCCAUCACCCCGCCCCAUUCUCCCGCUUUCCAUCACCCCGCCCCAUCCUCCCUUCUUCCAUCACCCCGCCCCAUUCUCCCGCUUUCCAUCACCCCGCCCCAUUCUCCCGCUUUCCAGCACCCCGCCCCAUUCUCCCUCUUUUCAUCACUCUGCCCCAUUCUCCCACUUUCCAGCACCCCGCCCCAUUCUCCCUCUUUCCAUCACUCCGCCCCAUUCUUCCGCUUUCCAUCACCCCGCCCCAUUCUCCCGCUUUCCAUCACCCCACCCCAUUCUCCCGCUUUCCAUCACCCCGCCCCAUUCUUCCGCUUUCCAUCACCCCGCCCCAUUCUCCCGCUUUCCAUCACCCCACCCCAUUCUCCCGCUUUCCAUCACCCCGCCCCAUUCUCCCGCUUUCCAUCACCCCGCCCCAUUCUCCCGCUUUCCAUCACCCCGCCCCAUUCUCCCACUUUCCAUCACCCCGCCCCAUUCUCCCGCUUUCCAGCACCCCGCCCCAUUCUCCCUCUUUCCAUCACCCCGCCCCAUUCUCCCGCUUUCCAUCACCCCGCCCCAUUCUCCCGCUUCCCAUCACUCCGCCCCAUUCUCCCGCUUUCCAUCACCCCGCCCCAUUCUCCCGCUUUCCAUCACCCCGCCCCAUUCUCCCGCUUUCCAUCACCCCGCCCCAUUCUCCCGCUUUCCAUCACCCCGCCCCAUUCUCCCGCUUUCCAUCACCCCGCCCCAUUCUCCCGCUUUCCAUCAUCUCGCCCCAUCCUUCCGCUUUUCAUCACCCCGCCCCAUUCUCCCGCUUUCCAUCACCCCGCCCCAUUCUCCCGCUUUCAAUCAGCCCGCCCCAUUCUCCCGCUUUCCAUCACCCCGCCCCAUUCUCCCGCUUCCCAUCAAUAG